AUGCCUUCCGCAAGGACUGCCAGCUAUCGGGUCAUCGAGCCACACCCGUCUGUGCCCUCGUCAAAUCGUCCUGCCCUCUACACCGGCCGUGGUGGCAGCGGCAAUGUCAUCAGCUUGAAGAACACCAAAACCACCGACUCGCGAACCGCCACAGGUCCGGCCUCCCUGGCGCGCCUGGACUCUCGCGGUCCUUCCACCUACACCACCGGCCGCGGUGGUGCCGGCAAUGUCCACAGCAGCAGUGAGCGUGCCAUUUUCAGCUUUGACGAAGAGUUGGAGCGUGACUUGCGCCGCGCUGCUCCCGUUUAUCACGUCGGCCGCGGCGGUGCAGGCAACAUGAUCUACAGCGACGACGCCUCCAACUGCAGCUUGUCUCGCAAGUACUCGUCUACCAGCACCAACACCACCAGCAGUACCGGCUCCGUGGCAGAUCGGGCUCGUGACAUGGCCCGCCGUGGCCUGGAGAAGGGCUGGGGCAAGCUCAAGGGUAGCUCAUAG